AUAAUCAAAAUAGCUUCUUCAGAACUUCGUUUUGUAGCAAGAAUCCUUUAAAAAAAUGUCUGUAAACAAAGUACAAUGCGCCGAUGGCCGUCUAACGCUGCAUGGAGAUUAUGUGGUGUACCAUCAAGAUGGCGUCCAGUUUGAACUACAAGGAGAUGGAAUCCCCGGAUUUCUCAAAGGAUCGCGAAAAGGAAACAUAUUUAUCUCAACUAACAGAGUGAUAUUUGCUCCGUCAGUAAACCACGGUGUUGGUUCAUUUUCGAUGAAUUUUCAGAGCAUACGAGGAGUACAGGUUAAACAGCCAAUGUUUGGAGCUAAUUAUWUAAAAGGAGAUGUUAUUUCAGAACCUGAAGGUGGCUGGGCAGGAAGAGCAACAUUCAAUAUUACCUUUAACAGUGGAGGAGCAAUAGAGUUUGCUGAGCACUUCCGUCAAGCAGUCUCCAAAGCAAACAGACCAGGAUCACAACCUAUGGCCCCUGCAGGACAAAAUGAUCAAGUAUUCCAAGUAUUUAACAACUAUCCACCACCAGCACCACAAGCUGGAUACUACAAUGGACCUCCCUAUCCAGGUUACUAUGGCAACCCACAACCUGGACCUCCACAGCCUGGACCUCCUUAUUACGGACCUCCACCACCUGGUGGUUACUAUGCUGCACCACCACCACAGUAUGCUCCUCCUGAAAACCCUCCUCCAUACCCUGGACAAGCAGCAACACCCUCAGCACCACCUGCAGACUUCCCUGGAGGAGGAGGUGCCAAAGCACGAGAAGCGUACAGCUCGGGUCAAAAUGUCUAUGUUCCUUCGAAUCAGCCACAUGCACCACCACCACCAUACAGUGCCGAGAACAAGAAAGAUGUGUAGGUUAAUGGAAAAACAGUGGUCAAAUAGUUAAUGGAUUUGUAAUAGUAAUUAUUAUUAAUCAAUAGUCUAGUUGAGCUACCAGUAUAGCAGCUAGUAGUAAGAGUAAAUCAUAGUAGAGUUUUUUGCUAAUUCUUUUUUACUUUAAAAGAAUAUGAUUUAGUUUAAAAUGCAUUAAUUACAACAAAAAACAGCAGUCAUAUAUUUUGUGGAAAUGUUUAUAAUCACUUGCAGAAGAAGAAACGUCGACGGGUUAAGAUGACAACAAAAGAUGAAAUCAUCUCAUUUUCAUGUUUUAAAGUAUUGAAUUAUUUAUCUACAUGUUUUGCCUCAUUCCUCAGUUACUAGUGAUUUUACUUGACCCGAGAAACAAAGUCGUAUGAUUAGGGACUAACAGUCUAAAUAAAACAAAAGAAAACGAUUUAAUUAGUGUCUGCUACUGUAUUAAGUUGACUAUUCUUUCACGGGCAAAAGAAAAUUACUUCAUAAAAAGUUAAAUUGC